AUGGCGAAGCCACUUCAAUCGUCUGCGUCUACUGAUUCCUCCGACCUCUUUGGCCCUGACGAUCCAGAGUUUCUCGAGGCUCUCAGGAACGCAGUGCUACCUGGAGAUCAAAUCACAGCUCCUCGCCCUGACACUGAGUCACUGAGUCGCAAGCGUCCUCCAAGUUGGGACGACAUCGCACGGGACACUGACCCAUGGACUCGAUCUAUGGCGCAGUCUCGCUUUGGACAUUUCGGAGAAUACAUGCAUCGCAAGCGCGCCAAACUCCAGAUACAGAAUGCAGCCCUUGAUGCAAGCCAAGACAUUAACGGGUGGACGAAUCCUUCAGUUCAAGAUCUACGUCAAUUGAUAGUGACGCAUGGGGGUGUGUUUCAGCCUUACCUGGAUAAGAAAUCAUUAGUGACCCAUAUCGUCACUUGCUCACUGACGGCUGCGAAGAUUAAAGAUUGGAAGCACAUGAAGAUUGUGAAGCCUGAUUGGCUAGUGGAUAGUGCCGCUGCAGGAACCUUAUUUCCCUGGAGGAAUUACAUUUUCAAACCUGAGGCCAGGGUCGAUCAAUCUCAAGGAGCGCACACGCCUCAAAGUUACCUGUCUACGGAUUCAUGUACAGCAGUACGCUCUAGUAUGCGUAAGCAUGAAGAGCUAUCAACUAACCAGGUUCCCGCAACGCCUGCUUCCGGCGAGGCAGAUACUGCCGCCCCUGAGGCUGUUGACCCUGCAUCUUCGGCAUCUUAUUCACCUCGACCGCUCCAUGUUACAGAUCCUGGCACGUACAAAGAUGCUGCACGCGUUCCUGGAUACGCCGUUCAUACAUCAAACCCCCUAGCAGAGCGUGUAAUGGCUAAUCCUGAAUGGAGAGCCGCACAUACCUCUGUAGCACCAGAUUUCAUAGAGGGUUUUUACAAACACUCACGGCUGCACUACCUGUCUACAUGGAAGGCUGAACUAAAAAAUUUGGUUCAACAAGCCCAAGAAGAAGUUGAAAAUGGGUCGAUGCAUGAGUCUAUAGGCAACCUUCAGGACAUGGCUAAGAAUGGUGAUGCCAACAUGAGCGAGGUACAGCUCGCGGCGAGGUCUCCAUCAAAAAGGAAAGGAAAAGAAAAAGCUCCAGGCUUGAAGCGUGUUAUCAUGCACUGCGACUUUGACUGCUUUUUCGUUUCCGUCGGCCUUCUGAGUCACCCUGAGUUACGAGGCAAACCGGUUGUCGUUUGUCACUCGCAAGGGAGCACAGGGGGUGCAUCGAGUACAAGUGAAAUAGCAAGCUCAAGCUACGAAGCCAGGACAUUUGGGAUCAAGAACGGAAUGAGAUAUAAACAGCUGUCGUUGCGUUUCUACACCAUUUUAAUGCGUCAUGCAGAUGAUAUUCAGGCCGUCUCCGUCGAUGAAGCUUUGAUCGAGGUUACCACGAGUGUUUCCCGAUGUGCUAUCCGGCCGUCUUCCCUAGCAUUCAUGGAUGAUCCUGCAAGGUCCCUUGCAGAACAGAUACGGUCCGAGGUCAGAGAAGCAACAGGCUGCGAAGCCAUAGUUAGCAUUGGCAUCGCAGAGAACAUACAACUUGCUCGCAUCGCAACGCGUAAGGCCAAGCCUGCGGGAUCAUUCCACUUAAAACUAGAAGAUGCGCAACAGGUUCUCGCGCCGUUAGAUAUCGAUGACCUCCACGGCUUCGGACAUUCUACGCGCCAAAAAGCGAACGAGAAGCUCGGAGCUACAAAUCUCGGCGAACUCGCUAAGAAAAGCAAAGCCGCACUGUGCGAUGCGCUUGGCAAGACUACUGGCGAAACUCUGUACAAUGCGAUCCGUGGCAUCGAUGAACGAAAACUCGAGUCUGACAAACCGAGGAAGUCUGUCUCAUGUGAUAUCAACUAUGGAAUACGUUUUGAGAACGACGACCAAGCCAAGGCAUUCAUCCACCGGAUGGCUGAAGAAGUUUCCCGGAGAUUGAACGCUAUCAACAUGUGUGGACGUUCUUUGACUCUGAAGAUUAUGAAACGUGAUCCGAGUGCACCUAUUGAGGGACCCAAGUUCAUGGGGCACGGCAUCUGUGAAACGUUCAGCAAGCAAACUCUAUUAAGCAACGCAAACGGUAGAGCUACAAGCGAUCCAAAGGAUAUCGGUGAACACGCAUGGGCGCUACUGGAUUCUUGGGGAUUUGAUCCGAAAGAGCUGCGCGGAAUAGGCAUUCAGAUACAGAAACUAGAUACGCCGUCAGCAUCUGACACCACCGAUCCUGGGCAAGUGAAGUUGCCCUUCCAAGCCAGAAGCUCCAAACCGACUGUACAAGAGAACACUGGACAAGAUGUCCCCCCAGUGCCUAGGAUUACCACUGAACCCCCUUCGCAAGAUGAUCCACUCCAGAAUAAGAAUGAGGUUGGCCCUCCACAUCCAUUGCCUACAUUGGACCUUCCUUCUUUCUCUCAGGUCGACAAGGACGUCUUCGAUGUAUUGCCAGACGAUGUCAGGAAGGAAAUAGAAGUUGAAUAUCAACGCAGAUCACGCUCCCCAAUGCCAGUGGAACAACCCUCUCGUGACAUCCAACCGAAAAUCAUGGUCAAAGGCGUCAACGUCAAAAGAAUCACUCAACAACUUGCACCGAAGAACAGAACGAGCGUAUCCCCCCGUAAAAACACGCUCUUUGCAAAACGUGAAGUCCCAUCGUACAUGCGUGUAUCUGACGCAGAGCUUCGCAAACUUGAUAUCGACCCAGAUGUGUUUGCUGCCUUGCCUGUGGAUUUGCAACGUGAGCAGGUGAUCAUGGCUCGACAUGCGAGGAGUGGAAAUCUCCUUGAAGAACGCAAGAUCAUCAAGGCUUCUAGUCGCGCACCAUCUGCGCCUUAUCGCAAGAAACCCCCUCCUCAGGCUAAGCACCCGGAGCCUCCUUUUUUGAAACAGCAGGGCAAGCAACCAGGAGAGAAAUUGCACUUCUCGGAAACUGGAGACAUUCAGACCGUCAUCGAGUCAUGGGUUAAGGGAUUCACAGAAUAUCCUCCGAAGCAAAAAGACGUUGACUACUUCAGCAAAUUUUUGGUGCGGAACGUAGAAUCAGCUGAUACAGGCAUGGAGAAAACCAUUGCUGUAAUGAAGUGGUGGCUUAUCCUCUUGAGGAGGAAUUGGGGGGUGUAUGAACGCACGAGCGGUGCGGAGAAUCAUGAUGGAAGCUCGACUGCGGAGAACAUCGGGAGAGCUUGGUGGAAAGCAUUCUGGGAAGUGAAGGCCAAAGUUGAUAUUGUUGCCAGAAGACGAUUUGGUGGUUCAUUAUCUCUCAAAUGA